AAAAAAAUAAAAAAAAUCUGAAAACAACAACAGAGAACACGAGUUUGCAGCCAUAAAAUAACCCACACAUUCAGACUUUGUUGUGUUGUGUUGUGUUGUGUUUGACGCACUGUGUAAUGCUAUCUACGAUGGCUCUCUCUGCGCAUAUUUGCCGUUUCCCCGCCACGCGCGCUGACACUGCUUUGCCGGAGACUCUCACCAGAAUCCGGUGCCAGAAGCCUCUCUCUGUCCGAUGCUCUGGCGAUUCCCCUUCCGGCUCUGUGGGUUCGGAGUUCGAUCCGAAGGUGUUUCGUAAGAACCUUACUCGGAGUAAGAAUUAUAACCGCAAAGGAUUUGGGUACAAGGAAGAGACCCUCCAACUCAUGAAUCGCGAGUACACCAGUGAUAUCAUUAAGACUUUGAAGGACAACGGGUAUGAGUAUACAUGGGGUACUGUCACAGUGAAGCUUGCUGAAGCCUAUGGAUUCUGUUGGGGAGUCGAGAGGGCUGUUCAAAUUGCUUAUGAGGCCAGAAAACAGUUUCCUACUGAGACAAUUUGGAUUACCAAUGAAAUCAUCCACAACCCCACUGUUAAUAAGCGGCUAGAGGAGAUGAAUGUUCAAAAUAUUCCUCUGGAAGAAAGUGGAAAACAAUUUGAUGUUGUCAACAAGGGUGAUGUAGUCAUAUUGCCAGCUUUUGGAGCAGCAGUGGAAGAGAUGUUGACUUUGAGCGAGAAAAAUGUUCAGAUUGUUGAUACAACUUGCCCAUGGGUUGCAAAGGUAUGGAAUUCUGUUGAAAAACACAAGCAAGGAGAUUAUACCUCUGUAAUUCAUGGUAAAUAUGCCCAUGAGGAAACUGUAGCAACUGCUUCUUUUGCUGGCAAGUAUAUAAUUGUGAAGAAUAUGAAGGAGGCUGAAUAUGUUUGCGACUACAUUCUUGGUGGUGAAUUGAAUGGAUCCAGUUCAACCAAGGAAGCCUUUUUAGAGAAAUUUAAAUUUGCAGUUUCUGAGGGCUUUGAUCCAGACAGAGACCUGAUAAAAGCUGGCAUUGCAAAUCAGACAACAAUGCUCAAGGGAGAGACAGAAGACAUUGGGAAACUAUUGGAGAGGACUAUGAUGCACAAAUAUGGUGUGGAGAACAUCAAUGAGCACUUCAUGAGCUUCAAUACAAUUUGUGAUGCUACUCAGGAGAGACAAGAUGCUAUGUAUAAAUUGGUGGAGGAAGAUUUGGAUCUAAUGUUAGUAGUUGGUGGAUGGAACUCCAGCAAUACUUCACACCUGCAAGAGAUAGCGGAGGAACGUGGAAUCCCUUCUUAUUGGAUUGACAGUGAGCAAAGAAUUGGUCCAGGAAACAAAAUAGCAUACAAGUUGAACCAUGGAGAGCUGGUGGAGAAAGAAAACUGGCUGCCAGAGGGUCCAAUAACAAUUGGUGUAACAUCUGGUGCAUCCACACCAGACAAGGUUGUUGAAGAUGCACUCAUCAGGGUUUUUGACUUGAAACGGGAAGAAGCGAUGCAACUUGCGUAGAGUCAGUCAUACAUACAUUGUCAAUGUCUAAAUGAAACGAGGGACUUAAUCAUAGAAUCUAUUACAGCCCUAUGUAUUGUAAAAUAUAUCAAUAACAAAAGUUCAAGAGCUCUUAUUAUAAAUUUUAGCCUGUUGCGGUACCAUAAACCAACCUUCUAGCACUUAUUGACCGUCCACAUUACCUUUAUAAAUUUUGGCUACAAAAGAGUAUAAUACAUCUCUGAUGAUGCCCUUUGUCUCUCAAAUGGACACGGAAUAGCUUAAUAAAUUGUAAAGGCAAGUGGUUCAUCUUAAUGCAGUUGCAAUAGCAACCUGUACA